AUGCCUUCUUUUUGGAGAAGAAAACCACGCGACAACACCGUUGCCGACGAUCCGCACCAGAUUGUCGCUCGAGAGAAUCAUGAUUUUGUUAUAAAUAGUAUCCAAACUGGCGGGAUCAAACUCAAAAAUGCCGACAGACAUGGCAGGACAAUCUUACACUGGGCUGUAAUCCUAGAAAAGCGCGAGUUGCUGACACAUCUGCUCAAAGAAGAUAUUGAAAUUGGAGCGACGGAUUGGCUCGGACAGUCAGCGCUGCACUACGCGGUUCAGCACGGAGACGAUCACAUGCUGGAAGCGUUAUUAAACAGCGAGCACUACAACGAUCGAGAGAAACAACAACGCGAUGCAAGCGGCCGCAGCCUCCUUCACUGUGCAUUGGAUACAAGAAACUAUCCAAUUAUACGGUUGUGCUUGAUGCAGAAACACAUCUUCUUGCCUGACUUUGAUCAGCGAACUCCGUUACACUACGCCGUGAGCAGUGGACAAGAAGCAGCUGCGCGCCUUUUACUUGAGAAUGGCGCCGAUAUCAAAUCUCGUGACGGAAAAGGCAAGACUGCGUUGCACUAUGCAGCUCGCGGUGGAUCAUUGAGCAUGAUAAAGGAGCUCAUUGAGCGAGGGGCCGAUGCCACGAUGAAGGACCACAAAGGCCACACGGCAGGACAUACGGCGGCUCAGAAUGGGCACCGUGCAGCAACGAUUCUGCUACUUGACGAAGAUGAGCGGAACAUCGAGCGUGCCGACAUCUCAGCCUUGUUGAUCCAGAACGUGUCGGAGAUUGAUGAGGUAGAUGAUGAUGGCGACACGCUGCUGCACUCAGCAGCGAAACACGGUCAAACGGAGCUGGUCGAUGCCAUCCUAAAGCGACUAAGAGAUAAUGGCGGCGAAAGCUUGCAACAGCUGGAUAUAGAACAGAAGACACCACUGCAGAAUAUUCUGCGUAUUGAAGAGCAGGGAGGACCAAUCAGCAACAUCAUGUUACGGCAUCUCAUCGAUACGGUCGGGGCAGAGGAAUCAAUAAAGAGAGCAAUAGACCAUGACGAUACCGUAAUGAUGGAUGCAGUACUACAAUAUCUCGAGCAGACAGGGGUCAGUGCAGAUAUGACGUUCAAGAGCAGCCUUGGCUGCACGUUGCUAGACCACGCGGCGAGGAAAAGCGACGCCGCGAUGUUGAAGCUACUACUACGACAUCUCUCGCAGUCAGAAAUGACCGCGAAUAUGACGGCUCGGCACGGCAGACAACGGACGCCGCUGCACAUCGCAGCCGAGUAUGGCGACGUCGCGACGAUGGAGCUGAUGCUACGGCAGAUUGAGCAGAUAGGAGGCGGAAGCAUCGCGGCGAUGGUGAUGUGGGACAGCAGAGAUUCUACACCACUACACAUAGCGUGCAAGAGAGAUGACCCGGGAAUGGCGGAGCUGAUGGUGCCGGUUUAUAUCAAGACGGUAGGCAGCGUGUGUUUGCACAUGCAGGAUGAAGAUGGAAGGACACCACUAGACUGUGUGGUAGAUGCCAAGCUUAAAGAGCUGCUUCAGAAGGCAAUGUCUGAGCCUAUAUACGAGAUAGGCAAGUAUAUCUCCUCGCAACAACGACGACGGCGACGACUAAAAAGGCCUUCUUUAUUCUAUGAUUCUAAGCUUCCAGAGACAAUCAAGUGA